AUGGAGGAGCCGGAGGGAGUUCUAAGCUUCGACUUUGAGGGCGGCCUCGACUCGGGGCUAACCAAUCCUAGCGCCUCCAUCCCCGCGAUCGCAUCCGACAAUCAGGGCAUCCCAACCGCAGCUAUCCCCAACACCACAACCACCAGCGCGAGCACCACCAACACCAACAAUAACAACAGCAAUUCUGGUGCGGCGGACAUCCAGGCGGGGCGACGGAGCUUCCGGCAGACUGUAUGUCGGCACUGGCUUCGAAGCCUUUGCAUGAAAGGCGACGCCUGCGGAUUCCUUCACCAAUACGACAAGUCUAGAAUGCCUGUAUGUCGGUUUUUUAGGCUUUAUGGAGAGUGCAGGGAGCAGGAUUGCGUUUACAAGCACACCAAUGAGGAUAUCAAGGAGUGCAAUAUGUACAAGUUGGGGUUUUGUCCGAAUGGUCCAGACUGCAGGUAUAGGCAUGCCAAGUUGCCUGGUCCUCCACCUCCCGUGGAAGAAGUUGUUCAAAAGAUUCAGCAAUUGAAUUCUUACAAUUAUGGAACCUCUAACAAAUUUUUUCAACAACGGACUGCUGGUUUUUCUCAGCAAAUAGAAAAAUCUCCCAAUACCAUCGUGAAACCUUCAGGAACGGAGUCUGUAAACGUGCAACAACAACAACAGACCCAGGCACCAAAUCUUACAAAUGGCCAGCACCAGCAACAGCCUAAUCUGUUGAACAGACUUGCAACGCCUUUACCUCAAGGAAUAUCUAGGCUGUGGGUGCAAAAUGAUUGGCACCCACCAAUAGGGUUAUGUAAAGGAUUAGGACCUGGAAAUUGGAGAUUCAAGAGUUUAGAAAAUAAACAAAGGGGAGUUAAGGCUUGGAAUUUAAAUAGUCAACCGACCUUAAAACUUCUAUAUGUGACUUCUAAAUCUAAUGUGCACAAGGAUGAUCGCACUGAUUGUGUGACUUGUAAUGAGGUGGGAUGGAUGGGAGAAAAUGCCACUUGGAAUUUGGUUGAGAUAAUGAAUGAUUACAUCAUACUGGGGAUAGACAUCAUAGAUCGGCAGAGAAUCCCAAUUUUCACUGGUCAAGAAGACAUCAUAGUUUGGUGGAGAAUUCAAAUUCACUUCAACAAGAGUAGUAUAAUGUGCUUGAAGGCUAUGCCUCCUCUGGGUUGGUUAUGCAAGUUGGUAUUUGACGUGCUUAGGGUGCCUUUCAAAGUUAACCUCUCCAGCCUUUGUGCACCUUUGGCUGAACAGGGAGGGUCUAUUGGUUGGGAUCAUUGGAAAUCCCAAUGGAUGGAAAACACAGGACCUCCUUUUGUUGUUGCCUGUUUGCCUGUUUUACAUCCUGAUCUUUUCAUUGAGAGUUGCAACCGUGAAAAUUUGGAGUUGUCUGUGCAACAAGGAGUAUGGGCAACACAAAGGAGCAAUGAAGCUAAACUGAAUGAAGCUUUUGACUCUGCUGAAAAUGUGAUUUUGAUAUUCUCGGUAAACCGGACUAGACAUUUCCAGGGUUGUGCAAAGAUGACAUCCAAAAUUGGUGCGUCUGUUGGUGGGGGGAAUUGGAAAUAUGCACAUGGAACUGCACAUUAUGGGAGAAAUUUCUCAGUCAAAUGGUUGAAGGCUGCAACCAAGAAGGUUUAG